AAUGAUUGACUACGACGUGAUAUGUUCUUUGUACACGAACUCACCUCGGACGAUCUUUGUCCUUCCUGCCAAAGUCGUUCGCCGUCUUUGUAAUUUUGUUUUUGCGGGGUCGUCAGUUACGAAAAUGUUAAAACCCUUUAUUGUGGGGCUGAGAAAUGUCUUCGGACGAGGACAGGUGCUGUCUGCGGCCACUGCAAGACUACAGCACAGUAAUGCCCAGCAGCUCUCCUCGCCCCGUCCAGAGACCUCCAGCGCCAAGACCCUGAUGGACAUCGGGGUCCGCCGGAUCUUCAACGAGGACCAUGAUCUCUUCAGACAAAACGUCCGGCGCUUCUUCCAAGAGGAAGUGGUUCCACACCACAAAGAGUGGGAGAAAGCAGGUCAGGUCAGCAGGGAGGUGUGGGAGAAGGCUGGCGAGCAAGGCCUGCUGGGAGUAAUGAUACCAGAGGAGCACGGUGGCAUUGGAGGAGACCUGUUUUCUGCGGCUAUCACGUGGGAGGAGCAAAUGUACUCCAACUGCACAGGCCCGGGUUUCGCCUUGCACUCCGACAUUGUCAUGCCCUAUAUCGUCAACUAUGGUACCAAGGAGCAGAUUGAACGCUUCGUCCCCAAGAUGACUGCUGGGAAAUGCAUCGCUGCUAUUGCUAUGACAGAACCAGGAGCAGGCAGUGAUCUUCAAGGCGUGAAGACGUACGCCAAGAGGGACGGCAGCGACUGGAUCCUCAACGGCAACAAGGUGUUUAUCUCGAACGGUUGGAUGGCUGACCUGGUGGUGGUGGUGACCGUGACCAACCGUGAGGCGAAGACAGCAGCACAUGGCAUCAGUCUGUUCCUGGUGGAGGACGGCAUGAAGGGCUUCCAGAAAGGACGCAAGUUGGAGAAGAUUGGUCUGAAGGCCCAGGACACAGCGGAGCUGUUUUUUGAGGAUGUGCGUCUCCCAGCUGAUGCCCUCUUGGGUGAACUCAACAAGGGUUUCUACUACCUGAUGAAUGAACUACCUCAGGAGCGUCUGUUGAUUGCUGACAUGGCCAUAGCCAGCAGUGAGUUCAUGUUCGAGGAAACCCGGAACUAUGUGUUGCAGAGGAAGGCUUUCGGCAAGACAAUCGCUCACCUACAGACUGUGCAGCACAAGCUGGCAGAGCUGAAAACCGAGAUCUGUGUGGGCCGAGCCUUUGUUGACAACUGCCUUCAGCUCCACGCUGAGAAAUGCCUGGAUCCCUCCACGGCCUCCAUGGCCAAGUUUUGGAACUCUGACCUCCAGAACAAAGUGGCCACUCAGUGCCUGCAGCUCCAUGGAGGCUGGGGCUACAUGUGGGAAUACCCCAUCGCCAAGGCGUUUGUGGACUCCCGUAUUCAGCCCAUUUAUGGAGGCACCAAUGAGAUCAUGAAAGAGCUCAUCGGCCGCAGCAUUGUCAGCCAGAAGUAAGAACUGUGGGAGUUUGCACGGUGGAGGAGGACCGGGGGAAGUGGGGUGUUGUGCACAGUUUGUCUAGUGAAGGUUUGAAAUGAUCAUGAACAGCUCUGAAAAGUCAGGCCACUCGGUGGCUGCAGAGAACAAGCUGUGAACACAACACUGAUCUAUCCUCACCUUUUCAAUUUUGCUUGUUAGCAAACAGUUGCUUCAUUUACACAUCCAGCAGUUACGGAGCAGCGUGGCCGUCCAUAUGGAGUUGUGUUCCUGGCCACCUGAUAAAUGUAAGUCUGAUAUUCCCUCUCUUUUAGCUCUGUGCGUGGUUCCUACCAACCCCUGAGGAAAAUAUCUGGCUCUCGAGCUGCCAAAUGCUCCGCUAAGAUCACCAGCUAGAUGCAGACCGUUUCGGUCGUAUCGUUUGGUUCUGAGCAGGUAGCGUGCAGUCAGUUUUUAAGAGCUUUCUCACACAAAACCGUAUACAUGGUCAUUUGAUACAUUGUUAUCAUAAAUAUAUUGUUUGUAGCUGCUUUAAGGUUGGAAAAACUUGGAUAGAGUUGAAAAAUGAAAUAAGACUAGAAUGUCCAGGCUUUCUUCUAUUUAUCAGUGAUGCAUAUUGCAGUAGAUUUACGGGGUUGAUUGAAAGAGCAUUAUUGAGCACGACAGAUUCUCACCUUAAUCAGAUGUGAAUUACAUUUUAACAACUCUGCAAAAAUCGUGUCCUAUUGUUACACCUGUUUCUGCUCACCUACCACUCACUUGAGUUGUGUGUAUAUAUGUUGCACUCAAAUAUAUUAGGUUCAAGCUAAAAUGAACUGAAAAGUAUUUUUUGGAAAUUAGUUGCUUGUGUCCCCAGUAUUUAGUGGUGGAGAGAUUGUUGCUGAUAUAUUUUUCCGAUCUUCUGGCCUUUUUGCCAACACUGAAAGAAAUAAUAAUGAUAAUGAAAUAAGCAUACAACAUAUUUUGCUGGCCAGUGUUGUUCAGAAUUGAAAGAAAAUAAGAUGGACAGUCUCUGUAACCUUUGACUGAUGGACUAAAUGCAGUUUUGUCAGUAAUGCUUUGUUUUGCAUGCCAUUGAAAAGUUGUAAGAUGGACAUUACUAAUAAAAUUUUUCAAAUUUUUUUGUCAUGUUGAAAUGUUCCACAGGAAGGCCUGUUCAGGUAGAGAAAUUCUUGUAAAGCAACAUCAGCACCCCUCCUGCACUGUGUUAUUUUCACCAAUAGAUGGCAGUAAAUGCUUACACAGAUCUGACAGAGAAAUGACAAAUGACCAGGCUUCCAUUUGAGUCCAUUGCUGUUGAAUGCGACUAGAGGACAUAGAGCAUCUAAACAAAUGUUCAGCUUUAUUUUCUAUUUUUUGUGUGUUUGUUUUUUUUACAUAUUCAGGUUUCAGUCUCUCCGUUUUUUACACUGAAUUGAUAAAGGAUACAGCGCUAAUAUCUAAAUAUUAAAU